AUGCAAAUGUACGCCUUCUUUAACAGCAUGCAGCUCAAGCACACCAACAUCAUGUUCAAAAAGUUCCCCAAGUCCAUGAAGGUGCGACGAAAGUCCGAUUCGACCGAUUCGUCCGUGGCGAGACGCCUUCAGGUGGCCUUCAUCGAUUGCGAAGAUUUGGAGGGCUCCGAGCGGCCGGAUUGCAUCCACGAAGAUCAGAAGCGUCGAUACUACAGCUGCGGCCUCAUCGAUGCCACUUGCCCGGUGGAUGGUCAAGGGCGUCGGACACCGAAGUACAAGAUCGAGAUUCCUGGGUACCCCAUCUUGGGCGAUGGAAAGGGUGACAAUCAAAACACGGCCGUGCACUUUACCCGGGGGACCUUUGUGCAGUGCAUCGACGCGAACCAGGGUGCAUACUUUGAGCAGAUGCUGCUGCUGCCUUGCGUUUUGGGUGAGUUCAGAUCGAAGCAUCCUGGUGAUGGAGGAAGCAAGAAGAUCAUCGGUUUUCCGGAGCACAUCACCAGUGACUUCGGCUCGGUGGGCGACUUCGCGGCCUCGUCGGAGCUGGCCUUUGGCGCGGAGGGGGGAGGAUGGGAGGAAUCGGAAGGAGAAUGGAGAGAAUGGCCUCCACAAGAGAGUUUUCACAGAGUGUCCUACAAUGUUUGGCCGUGUGAGUUUCUGUUUUUCUUGCGGCGCAUCUUUCACGGGUGGAAAGAAUCCAUCGGAAGUGGGCGAUGGGAAGUACGUUGGCUGGGACCGGUCGAAUUCGCGCCUCUCAUCCGAGUCAGGACCAUGCCAUCUUUGCCCCUUGAUUCGUUUUUUUGUGGUUUCCUCUGGCGGAAGUGGACCAUGACUUUCCGGAGCUUCGGGUGGACUCGGAGCUUCGGAUCACUUCAGUAG